GUCAAUACAAUACAAUAUCUCUUUUCAUAUUCUUUCAUUUUUAACAAAAAGAUAACGAAAAUUUACAGUUAUAGCCAUUAAAACUUGAUUUUGCCUUUACAUUACAAUUUCAACCCUACCCCAUUUUUUCACUUCCCUUCAAUUAAUUUCAUACCGAAUUUCUCUCCUUCUUCUUCUUCUUCUCUCUAUAUCAUUUCUUAACUUCAUAAUAUUCAAAGAAGAAAAUGAAACGAUGCACUGAUAAAAAUCUGCACCAAAUCUUCUGCUAUGAUUCUUCUUCUUCUUCCAUUCAACCUCCGACAUGGCGAUGGCGGUGGCGUUCAUCUAGGACAAAACCUUCCUUCAAAACCAUCGCUUCUUUUCUCUUCUUCUUCCUCUUCUUUCUCCUCGGCCUCUUCAUUCGUCUCGACUGGAUUAAAGCGCCAAUAUAUUGGCGGGUGAAAGGGGUUGAGAACAACAGGUCAAUUUCCGACGGUUCAACAAACGCAACGUGUCCGCCGCACUUCCGUUGGAUCCACGAAGAUCUACGGCCAUGGAGAGAAACGGGGAUAACGAGAGAAAUGGUGGAACGGGCCCGCAAAAUGGCCCAUUUUCGAGUAGUAAUCGUAGACGGGCGGGUGUACGUAGAGAAAUAUAAACGAUCAAUCCAGACCAGAGAUCUGUUCACUAUGUGGGGGCUUUUGCAACUUGUGAGAUGGUACCCUGGAAGAUUGCCAGAUCUUGAACUGAUGUUUGACUGUGAUGAUCGCCCAGUCGUCCGAUCUAAUGACUUUUUGGAUCCAAAGUCGGGCCCACCUCCAUUGUUCCGUUACUGCUCUGAUGAGUCCAGUUUGGAUAUUGUUUUUCCUGAUUGGUCCUUUUGGGGAUGGGGUGAAAUAAACAUAAAACCUUGGAGAAUGGUAUUGGAAGACAUAAAAGAAGGGAACAAAAGAACCAAAUGGAAGGACAGGGUGCCCUUUGCUUAUUGGAAAGGUAACCCAUAUGUUGACCCUUCUAGAAAAGACCUUCUCAAAUGCAAUCUCACUCAGCAACAUAAUUGGGACACUCUCCUAUAUGUUCAGGAUUGGGAUAAAGAAUCCAAAGAAGGGUACAAGCAAUCAAAUCUAGAAGAUCAAUGCACCCAUAGGUAUAAAAUAUAUAUAGAAGGAUGGGCGUGGUCAGUGAGCGAGAAGUAUAUAAUGACAUGUGAUUCAAUGACGCUUUAUAUGAAACCAAGGUUUUAUGAUUUCUUCAUAAGGGGAAUGCUUCCUUUGCAACACUUUUGGCCCAUCAACGACCAAUCCAAAUGCCCUUCACUUAAAUUUGGUGUCCAAUGGGGUAACAAUAACACCAAUCAGGCACAAGCAAUAGGAGAAGAAGGGAGCAAGUACUUACAAGAGAAUCUAAAGAUGGAAUUAGUCUACGAUUACAUGUUCCAUUUACUAAACGAAUACAGCAAGCUUCUUAAAUUUCGGCCGUCGGUGCCGUCCGGCGCGAUGGAGCUAAAGCCGGAGACGAUGACCGGCGCCACCGUGGGCUUGCACAAGAAAUUUUUGGAGGAUUCCUUGGAGAAGUCUCCUAGUGACACAGAGCCGUGCGAUUUGCCGCCUCAUGAUCCAACGGUCCUCAAUGAGUUUCGGGAGAAGAAAUUAAAUGCCUUAAAACAAGUGGAAAUUUGGGAAAAUGAAUAUUGGGAAAAUCAGAGGAAGGGGAAUUAGAUUUGGGAUUCAUUUGGCUUUGGUUGGAUGAGCCCUUUUUUCUUUAAGGUAUUGUAAUUAAACUGUGGGUAGAAGAAUCGAAUCCCUAAUCUCGAGAUCGAGAUACGAGUACUAUGUCAAUUGAGCUACGCUCAUUUUCUUGAUAUUGACAAUGGGAAACCUUAUCGUUACCGUUACAUUUUGA